AUGUCCGCAAUUCCUGCAAGCUUUGAUCCAGAAAACCCAGAUAACUUAGAGGACAUUGAGAAGCAAUUUGCCGUGAAGGCAGUUCAGCAAAUGAGUACAUACUGGAGUUUACUUAAUGCUGUCCCCCCAUCCAAACUCAAGUUGACCCAAUUUGACGACGAAAUUGUCGAAGAGUUCUUCAAGGCCUUCCCAGAAUAUAACAACAAGGAGAAAUUGGCUGUUCUGAAUGAAGAUGAACUGAAGACCAAAGAGGCAAAGGAGAGAUGGAGAGAGUACAUCAAGAACUUUGAGAAUAAAAUCGAUGACUACAACUUUGGUACUUUACUCAGAGUCAAUGCAUCCGAGGAAUACUCUGAAGAGAACACCAUCUUUGUUGUCAGAAUCCAAUUCUACGCUUUUGAAUUAGCAAGAAACAGAUUUGGUUUGAAUGAUUGGGUGUAUGAAAAGAAAUAA